AUGGCACCCAAACCAGUGCGCAAAAGUAGUACAGCUGACCCCAAGGACAGAAAGCUGGACGGAAAGAAAGCCAUGAAGGCACGAGCGAGUACUACUCGAAAGCAACCCACCAGAGACGCAAAAAGCAAGGCGAAGAAACCCGCCUUGAAGGCUUCUCAGAAGAAGACGCCGACUAAAAAGAAUAUCAAAGCCAAUGUGAAGAAAGAAGAAGAAGAAUUCCCUCAACCGAAUCUGAACUCACCCCAACCACCACUGGCACUUCACCGCAAACCCCAAAGCCCAAGCCCGAAAGAAACCGAUCCAAAUACAAAAUCACACCAGGAAAAACCCCCCUUCGACUUCUGGCCCCACCCAACCCAAGCCCAAUGCGAAGAAGUCAACCAACUUCUCUCCUACGCCCACGGCGAACCAAUCGCACCAAAAACAAUCCCCCAAGCAUCCAUUGAAUUCGCCGGCUGCGGCGAAGUCCCCUGCGUCUUGGACGCAAUGAUCCGAACUCUCCUCAGCGCCGCGACACUGGGAAGCAAUUCCGCAAUGUCGUAUAAAGCUCUCGCGUCGAGAUUCGGAGUCUUGGAAGAAGGGGUUGGGCAGGGGGGUGUUAACUGGGAAGCUGUUAGACAGGCGCCGCUUCGUGAGGUCUAUGAUACUAUUCGGCGGGGUGGAUUGGCGGAUAUUAAGAGUAAGAGUUUGAAGGGGAUUCUUGAUAUGGUUUAUGAGGAGAAUAGGAUGAGGGUCAGCAACGAAGGGGGGGAGGAUUCGAAUGACAUUACCACCCUUACUGAACCUGAACCUGAACCUGGAACCAAAACCGACAAGUCCAAGUCAGACGAGGACAAAGAAAGAGAAUACAACCUCGCCUGCGCUGAACAAAACUACCUCACCCUCAAUCAUCUCCACAAUCUCCCCACUCCAGAAGCAAUGGAAGAACUGAUCAAAUACCCGGGCAUUGGGGUAAAAACCGCAGCAUGCGUUCUCCUCUUCUGUCUACAACGACCCUGUUUCGCGGUUGACACGCACAUCUUCCGAAUUACCAAAUGGCUCGGUUGGGUUCCCGCGGACCUUGCGACGGAGGUUACUGCAUUCAGUCAUUUGGAUGCGCGGAUCCCGGAUCAUCUGAAGUACUCCCUGCACCAUUUACUGAUCAAACAUGGCAAGUUAUGUCCCCGGUGCCGUGCGAGUACGGGGGUGAAUUCUGAAGAGUGGGAGUUGGGUUGUCCGAUUGAGGAUCUUUUGACUCGGACGGGGAAGAGGAAGGGUGGGCCGGAGAUUGUGAGUCGUGGGUCGAAGAGGGGGAGGAGUGCUGCUGUGAAGAAGGUGGCUACGAAGAGAAAGGGUGUUGUUAAGAAGAAGGUUGCGAAAAUUUGA